AUGGCCUCCAUGGGGAGCUCUGUGCCCUUCUUUCGGAGCUUUGCGCCCCGACUGUCUCUCUCGUUCUUCACCUGUCGUCAAUGUCUAGGACGCAGCCAAACUUAUGCCGCCAACUCCGUCUUCCGCCGACAGUUUGGUGCCUUCUCUUUUGCGCAGACGACUGGCAAGACCAAUUCGGCCGCUGUGUAUGCUAGAGUGAGAAAGGGUUUUCCGUCGGCUUGGAACCGGUCGGUUUCAAGUUCGGCAGCAGUAAAUGCGGUCGAGAACGGAGCUUCCAAAGCUAAAUCUAGUUUUCCUGAUGUCAGCGAUAAGAAGGUGGCCUACUGGCUGCUGGCAAGCGCUGCCAGUGUAUUUGGUAUUGUGGUGUUUGGUGGUCUGACAAGAUUAACGGAAUCAGGUCUGAGUAUCACCGAAUGGCGCCCUGUUACCGGGUCUCUUCCCCCCAUGACCGCAGACGACUGGGAGUCGGAAUUUGCCAAGUAUCGUGACUCCCCGGAAUUCCAGCUAUUGAACCCGCACAUGACCCUCUCCGAAUUCAAGUCGAUCUACUACAUGGAAUGGAUUCAUCGCCUCUGGGGUCGAUUCGUCGGUCUCUCGUUUGUGCUUCCCGCUGUAUACUUUGUUGCUAGGAAAAAGGUCAGCAAGCCGAUGGCUUUGCGCUUGGCUGGUAUCGCGGGCUUGAUUGGCUUUCAAGGGUUUAUCGGUUGGUGGAUGGUCAAGUCAGGACUGAAGGACGAUCUUUUCGCACCAGGUAGCCACCCUCGAGUGAGCCAGUACCGUCUCACAGCGCAUCUGGGGGCUGCUUUUGUCUGCUAUGUUGCCAUGUUGUGGAACGGACUUGCGAUCUUGCGGUCCCAUCGUCUUCUCACUGAUCCAGAAGCUGGCACCAAGUUGUUAGACUCUCUUCGUGACUCGAAACUUAAGGUCUUCCGUCGAUCGGUUGCCGGGCUCGCUCUUUUGGUGUUUGUAACGGCUAUGUCUGGUGCUCUAGUCGCUGGUCUUGAUGCCGGCCUGAUUUACAACGAGUUCCCCUUCAUGGGCAACGGCCUGGCGCCACCCAAGUCGGAACUGCUGGAUGCACGAUAUUCGCGCCAUGAGGAUCGGUCAGAUCUCUGGUGGAGAAACGUGCUUGAGAACCCGUCUCUUGUUCAGUUGAAUCAUCGUAUUCUGGCCAUGACCACCUUCACCAGCAUCAUGGCUCUCUGGGCGUACUCGAAGUCUCCCGCUAUGAAGCGCCUCCUUCCACCCGUUGCAAAGAAAGGCGUCCAUGGCGUCGUUGCUUUCGCAUUCAUGCAAGUGGGUCUGGGAAUAUCGACCCUGCUGUACCUCGUUCCGACUCCUCUGGCGUCCGCCCACCAAGCAGGAAGUUUGUUCCUUCUCACCUGGGUCCUCGUUUUGGGAAGUCGAAUCUGGCACCCGUCGAGAACGGCCAAGCUGCUCCAAAUGGCGGCCAAGACUCGUAGCCAGGCCCUGUCGAACGCUGCUACCCAUGGUCCUCGCCAGCUAUGA